ACGAUACUAUGAAAUUAAUUUAUCUAUGGUGGAAAUGGUUUUGAGGGUCUCAAGGAAUGCCGUUUUAAAAGAAACUGAUGGAAUCAUGAUGAAAAAGUAUAACAAAAGCUGAAUGUGAUAUGCGUGAUGUGUUAAAUAAAAAGUGAUAAUCGUGAUAAUUUAUUCAUUUUGCAAACCGAAGAUGUAGUGUGGAGUUUUUAGUACUGCAGCUAUUCUUUAAAGCAGGAGGGAAAAAUGUUAAAAGAAGAAGUAAAAAUGGCAGAUUCACUUCCAACAUUAAAUUUAAGUAAUCUGGAAAAAAUAGAAAGUUUCCUCAAUGAUCCUGCUUAUAAAGAAAUGAUUGAAAAUUCAGCAAAUUAUAACACUAGGCUGUGUAUUGAACGGCGAUUGCGUCUACCGUUUUUGGAUAACCAAACUGGAGUAGCUCAGAAUCAUUCCAAUUUAUACUUGCCAAAGAGACAAAGGAUGCCUGGAUUAAAUCCUGGUCAAAUAUACACUUAUCCCAGGCCAAGAUGGCGUAAAAAACGACGUCAGUAUUUAUUAAUGAACUCUAGAAGUUUUGCUAGAACAGCUGAUGCAUUAUUAGAAGAAAGUGACUUACACAGUAUUUCACAAAUGGAAAAUCCUUCUUUGCAAGACACUGAUAAAUUACAGGACUGGUAUUAUGAUGAACAAGACAUGCUAGAAAUGGAUGCAUAUGAUGAACCAGAUCCUGAUUCUGAUCUGGAUUACGAAGAAACUUAUAGCAAAAGAAGCAAGAGAAGAAAAGGUGUUGGAAGGGGUCGUGGUGGUACAGAUUCUCCAAAUACACCAGGAAGGAGAAAAGGAAGUGGUCGUGGAAGAAAAAAAGGGACACAUAAUUUUGAACCAGUUGGAGAUCCAGACAAACCUUUCUCUUGCGAACUUUGUGGUGCGCGAUACAAGACAAGACCGGGACUGACGUACCACUACAGCCAUUCGCACAAAGAGGGCGCUAGUGACGAAAAUUCUCAUGAUGCUGCCCCAACUCCGUCAGUCGCGGCUGGUGCGGCCGCCAAUAACAUCCCACCCGCCUCCGGCAUAGGCGGGGCUGCGGUGACUGGCGGAAGCCCCGCAAUGAGCGGUGCUAGUAACGUGGCGGGGGAUAACGCGAACAACGACGCGCAAGGAGCCAACCCAGGACACGUUUAUCAAGAUAGCUAUGUUUCUUUCUUGAACCAGCCAACCGCCGGUAAUUCCGCACGUCGUCGACCUGGUGUAAAUCUACCUUCGCAACAGUCGUCCCCUCAGUCUCAAGCACCUCCCAAUUUACCUCCAAACUUACCUAAUCAACAACCGACUUCAGCCGGUGACGAUCCACCUAUGCCAGUACUUGUACCCGAAAAAACUAUUGAUCCGCCACUGCAAUCAUCUGCUGUCCCGUCCACCGCGACAGCGCCUGCUACUCCGUCCUCUGGUGCACUUCCUACCAGUAAUGUGGAGCCAUCCAAAGAUAAAGCCACACCUAGUCCUUACUGCGACUUUUGUCUUGGUGACGCACGGGAGAACAAGAAAACAGGCGGUUCAGAAGAACUCGUGUCGUGCUCCGACUGUGGCCGAUCAGGGCAUCCAUCGUGCCUCCAGUUUACACCCAACAUGAUCAUAUCCGUGAAAAAAUAUCGCUGGCAAUGUAUCGAAUGUAAAUGUUGUUCAGUUUGUGGGACUUCUGACAACGAUGAUCAACUCUUAUUUUGUGACGACUGUGAUCGUGGUUAUCACAUGUAUUGCUUAAGUCCACCCCUGACUACACCUCCAGAAGGCUCUUGGUCUUGUCACUUGUGUAUCGAACAUUUUCAUAAAUAACUCGCUCUUUCGUCUACAAGAGUGUGCUUUUCUUUUUGAUUUAAUAUUAAAAUUUUAGGUUUGUGGUUUAGAUUUUGAUGAGUUAAAAGCAGAUUUUAUUUUUGCAUAUAACGUAACGUGUACUUACGAGUUUGUGUAACUUGGAUGAGUAAUUUUAAGUUCUUUUUUAACUUGUACUUAAUUCGUUUUAGUCCAUUUUGCAAAAAAUUUUGUUGAUAAGCUACCUCAGCCGUGUUUUCUAUUUACUUACUUCUUUAUUAUAAUAUAAUAACUUUUUGAUAAUUAGAAUACACUUUACCCAUAAAAUGAGAUGGAUGGCAGCGGUGACGUUCUUUUUUAUAUUAUUACUUUAACAGUAAGUACUAAAGUGGUAAUGAUGUAGUUAGUUUUAAUAAUAAUUAGAAUAAAAUAAAAUCAGUCGAUAAUAUGAGUUUGUUGUGAGAAAUGUAAACACAAAUACAUCAAUUAGCUGAGUAACAUGCAGUUCACUGACCCGUCUAUAUUCGCGGGUUUAUAUUGGCAAAAAGGGGUGUUGACAUAUCGGUGCGGUACACAGAGCUCCUCGUGCGGUCCAGUUCCAAUAUUAUGGAUACUACAAUGCGCUCGACUAAAGACGCAAAGAAAUCAUUUUCACUCACGCAGAACGGCCGACAAAAGGUGAUAUUGCAUAAGCAUAAUGUGUCAUAUUUGUACAUAUAGAUACAUUACAUUUUUAUAUUAAUACACUGUAGUAAUUAGACCACAAAAAUACAUGAAUAUCUAAUUUUUUCCAAA